AUGGCAACUUCCCAGCAUUCAAUCUUGCCCUCGAUCAAGUCUCUUCUUGAUUUGUGUCUUUUAUUGAUAAUAAUUUUGGUAUCAUGUUCUUCUGCAGGUGAGAGUCGGUCUAUUGUAACUAAUUUUCAAACCAUCAACACCACUUCACAUUCAGAUGUGGAGAGCAGCAGAUCAAAAACAGUCGUACAAGUAUUCCACAGGGACGGUCCACGCGGCGAGCUGCAGAGAAAAUCUGGUGAAGCUCACCACAUUCCCGGUCGAUCUGGGAGUUGGGGGGAAUUCAUGGUGACAAUGGGACUGGGCACACCAGAGACCAAAGUCACUCUCUAUAUCAGCAUUGACAUAGACCUGUCGUUUCUCCAAUGCCAACCCUGCCAACCCUGCCGCCCACAACACGGCACAAUAUUCGACCCUAAAAAAUCCACUUCGUAUUCCGCCAUCCCCUACAAUUCCUCUCAAUGCUCAAUGCUCAGUACCGAAUAUCAAACUAUCUCCUCCCCAACCGGCACCUGCAUCUACAACAGUACCUACAACAAGGGAUCAUUGAGCAAAGACAAACUUACCAUAGCCCCUUGGCAGACUUUCGCGGAUGUCGUCUUUGGUUGCAGCCAAUUCACACGAGUCGGUGGCCUUGAAGCUGGAAUUUUGUCCCUCGGCAGAGGAAACAACAUCUCUUUUGUUCACCAAACUGCCACUACGUACGCUGGUCGUUUCUCCCUCUGCCUGCCCUCAACCGGAUCCUCCGAUGGUUAUCUAGCAUUCGGAAAAGAUACUGCACAUGACAACCUUACCAAAUUCACCCCUUUAAUUACUAAUACAGACCACCCCGCAAACUACUUUGUCGACAUUAUAUCCAUAGCGGUCGGCGGCCGUAACCUAAACAUAUGCCCAACGGUUUUCGGCCAGUCCGGCAACACCAAAAUAACUUCAGACAAUACCUACACCCACCUGCAGCCGGAAGCAUACAAGGCACUGAGCCUCGAGUUUAAGCGGCAGAUGAAAUACCACGGCUACAGGGUAGCACCAGCGUUUCAUGGUUCUGAAGCUAUCCUGGAUACUUGUUUUCUUACCACGGGACAUGGCAACAUCACUGCCCCUACAGUGUCCUUCACUUUUAGGGGUAACGUUAAGGUCGAUCUGGAUGUUACUAGAACACUUUAUGCCAUAAACUCAGAUCAAUCCUGCCUUACUUUUGUCGCAAACACUGACCCCACCGAUUAUGCUAUAUUCGGAACCACUCAACAGAGGACAUUCGAGGUGGUGUUUGAUGUCGGCAGAGAGAAAGUAGGAAUCCGGCCCAACAGCUGCACUUGA